AUGGCAUCCACCGAAACCGCCACCGCCCCCCCACGAGGCAUCCUCAUAGCCAUCGAAGGCCUCGACCGCGCCGGAAAAUCCACCCAAUGUGCCCUCCUCGUCGAGCGUCUGCAGCAAUCCGGGCACAAAGUGCGCCUCCAGAAAUUCCCAGACCGCACCACCACAAUCGGCACCCUAAUCAACUCCUACCUGACCUCAGCGACCGACAUCGACGACCACACCAUCCACCUCCUCUUCUCCGCCAACCGCUGGGAGCUCGCACACUCCAUCCGUACCGACAUUGCCGCAGGCGUGACCGUCGUUCUCGACCGCUACAUGUACUCGGGCGUCGUGUUCAGCGCCGCUAAGGGGCUUGACUACGAGUAUUGUCGCGGGCCGGAGGUGGGGCUGCCGCGGCCGGAUGUGAUCGUGUUUAUGGACCUGGACGAGGGGGAGGCGGCGAAGCGCGGGGGUUUCGGGGAGGAGCGGUAUGAGGUGCCGGAGGUGCAGAGGAGGGUCAGGGAGAUGUUUCGCAUGAUGAGGGGAGAUGAAAGGGAUGCCGGCGAUUGGGGGGUCGUAGAUGCGGGGGCGGAGGUUGGGGUGGUGGCGGAGAGGGUGUGGGGGUGGUGGAGAGGGGGGUGGAGUUUGCAAGGGGGAAUGAGCUGA